GGGACUUCCUGUGCCCACCGAACUUCCGGUUUACACACUCCUAUGUUUAUUGGGCUCUUUAGGAUCCGUCUGUCUCAUUGUCUGUAUCAGAUGUAGGUGUUUUAUUACUGGUUUUAUGUGUAGAGUCAGGAGAGACCGAGAUGUGAGGGACUCACUGAGGAACAGACUGGGAAUUGUCCCCUGCUGCUCCCUGUAACUCCCUUCUACUGUGUCCCUGACAUUCCCAUCCCCUGUACUCACAUCUCCAGCCUCAUCUACUGGUCUAGAGAUGCCGUUGCCCAGUGUUACAUUAGGUUCUGUGGCCCAGGAUGACAAUCUCUUGCCGCUACUGAAGAUGGAAGAGGAUCCAGUUCGGAUGACUUAUUCCCCAAAGGUUGAAGCAGAAAUAUUACAGAUCAAGAAAGAAGAGCCUGAUUGUGAAGAUCAUCAGAAGCCAAUGGGAAGCUCAGCAGUGCCACUUACUGAUGGGGGCUCCGUUUCGCAAACAGAAAUAUUAAAGACAAGAGUGAAAGAGGAAUUGGACUGUAAAGAUCAUCUCACCCCGAUGGAAAACUUGAAGGUGCCACUUACUGAGGUUUCUACAAAAGCAGAAACAUUACUGAUAAAGGAAGAAGAAUUGGACCCAAUGGGAAUCUCAGUGGUACCAGUUACUAGUGGGGACAAUGAGACGUUACAGAGCUCUGGAGUCCAGAACCCACUGAAUAACUUGGACUUUGAGUUCAGCACCAGUUGUGAGAAUGGCGUCACUAUCUCUCGCCCGUCAGACCGUAGCAAGAGUCAGACACGUACACAACCAAGGAAGAAGAAGAGAUAUCACUGCUCAGAGUGCGGGAAGCAUUUUAAAACAAAAUACUGCUUUAAGAAACAUCAAAUGAAACAUACAAUGAAUAACCCAUUCACAUGUACAGAAUGUGGAAAGGGAUUCAGAUAUAAACCCCAUCUGCAGAGUCAUCAAAUGGUCCACACGGGAGAGAAACCAUUCACAUGCACAGAAUGUGGGAAGAGAUUCCCAACGAAGAGUGCACUUGAGUGCCACCUUCGACUUCACACGGGAGAAACACCUUUCACUUGCACGGAAUGUGGGAAAAACUUCUAUAACAAGAGCAGCCUUCGCCUGCACCGGAAAGUUCACACCGGGGAAAAACCUUUCAGAUGUUCAGAAUGUGGGAAAGAGUUUGCUCUAAGGAACAGCCUUUAUGCCCACAAUAAGAUUCACACAGGGGAGAAACCAUUCCCAUGCGCACAGUGUGGAAAAAACUUCCGUUCUAAGAGCAACCUCUAUAACCACCUUAAGGUUCAUGCAAGGGAGAAACCAUUCAUGUGCACGGAAUGCGGAGAAUGCUUCUCUCUAAACAGCGAUCUACUCGGCCACAUCUGUACUCCGUCUGGGGAUUGUAGUUUCACCAGUAGACAAGCACAUGUACGAGCUCUAGAGAGGCCUUUUAUCUGUACAGAAUGUGGGAAGAGCUACCAUAUUAAACAUCAUUUACAGGAGCAUCAGAAGACGCAUACGGGGGAGAAACCAUUCACAUGUACAGAAUGUGGGAAAAGCUUCGCUCGAAAGAGAGGCCUUAAGUGUCACCUUAAAACCCACACGGGGGAGAAACCGUUCACUUGUACAGAAUGUGGGAAAAGCUUUGCUGAAAAAUACACCCUUCGGGGCCACCAGAGGGUUCACACAAGGUUGACUCCAUUCACAUGUACAGAAUGUGGUAAAAACUAUGCAACCAAGAGCUCACUUGUCAGCCAUUAUAGGGUUCACACGGGGGAGAAACGUUACAAAUGCGCAGAAUGUGGAAUAGCCUUUGCUGCAAAGGAGUCUCUCCAGACCCACUAUAACAGUGAUAAGAAUAGUUGUGUCGGCCCUGGGCCCAAACUUCACACCUGUACAGAAUGUGGCAAAAACUUUAAUUCAAGGUGUAGCAUGAGAAGUCACCAGAAGGUCCACUCAGAAGAGAAACCAUUCACAUGCACGGAAUGCGGCAAAAGCUUCAAAAAGAACCUUCAGUUAAAGAGACAUCUGUUGGUCCAUACAGAGGAGAAACCCUUCAGGUGUUCAGAAUGCGGGAAGGGAUUCUCUAAAAAGAUUCUCUUUGAGAGCCACGUCCGACUUCACACAGGAGAGCGGCCUUUCACUUGUACGGAAUGUGGGAUGGGCUUCAGGAAUAAAGUUCAGCUUCAGAGACAUCACAAGAGGCACACGCAGGAGAAACCCUUCAUGUGUACGGAAUGUGGGAAGGGAUUCACUAACAAGAGCAGCUUUGACAUCCAUGGCCGGAUUCACACGGGAGAAAAGCCUUUCACUUGUACGGAAUGUGGGAGGAGCUUCUCUACCAAGUCCAGCCUUCAUAUGCAUCUGAAAACUCACAGGGGAAAAAACAUUCAAAAGUACAUAAAGUGCGAAAGCGUUUGCUCCUAAAUAUUGUCUUGAUAUCCCUCAUAAGGUUCUCAUAGGGGCGUAACCUUUCCUAUGUACAGGGUGUGGGGAAAGCGCCAUCAUGCUAAGGAGAAACCAUUCAUGUGCUAAGAAGGUGGAGAAUGUUUCUCUUUUUAAACAGACAUCUUGUAAACCCACCUCUGCACCCUGGAGACUGUAAUUUUACCAACAGACAUGCACAUGUAGGAGCAUAAGAAGGCUUUCAUUUGUACCCAAUGUGGGAAGAGCAUCCCAAAACUAAAAUAUCGGAGGGGGAGAAACCAUUCAUAUGCACAGAAUGUGGGAAAAGCUAUCUUGGCAUGGUUUCACUUAUGGGGAAUCAAAGGCUUCACAUAGGGGGGAAAGGAGACAUUUUGGAGCAGUAAGGGUCUAAUUGAAAAUUUGAAUUCUCAAAUUUUUUUAAUGGUAAAAACUUUCAAAUUCGACUAGGGAAUAAUCCAAACUUGAUUCGAGUUU